UGAAGCUUAGAGGUCUCUCGACAUCAUGUCAACCGUUGGCCUGAUUCUCACAGGUCUGUUCACCGUGCUGCUCUUUCCCCUGGUCUUGUACAUGGGCAUCACUGCCUUCAUCCUGAUGUGCCUGAGCGACCCACAGCCGGAGGGCCGCCUGGUCCUCGUCGAGUGACCGACCGACAAACCGAGGUAAGAGCGGCUGUCAAUUCAUCAGAUCUGACGACAUCGUGCCGGUGUUUUGAUGCAGCGCUAGCAACGGGUUUCCCCCAAAUCACCUUCUCCCCCACGAGCUUGGUGUACGAGGUGGAUCAACGGUGCGCGCAACUCCACGAGGGCGUCGUUCUCAUGCGAUGACCCGCAAGCACCGAGCCUGGCGUCCUUCCAUCCGUUCCCGCCUCGAGCCCCGGCAGGAAGGUGGGGAUGAGCGAUUUGUCACCACCAGUGGAUGAUAUUCACUCGUCUGCCCUUUCUUGCAGCUGGUGGCCAUCCAUCCGUUGAGGGCGACGAUGCCCGUGGUAGCUCGGCCAGCAACGAAGGAACUGCCGCCGUCUACAAAGUAACAGAUGCUUCACGCGCUCGCACCAUCAAGAGAAUAUGUGUUUGUCUUUGUCCGGCGCAUGAAUGGCAGGCCAUUCGCCUCCAAGGAUGGUCAAGGCUGAGGACGAAAGAGAAGGCAUCACACUGGGCGAUUGGAAGGACGAGCUGCCCCUCAUCAAUUGCCUGAUCAUGCACUUAGACGGUAGGUGGCAAAGAAACGAAGAGCGCCCACUUGCCGCCAUAUAUGUCUUGUGUCUCGCUGCUUUUAGUGCCGUCCAUGGAUGUUGUCGAGCCAGGCGCCUUCAUCCUGUCGAGCAUCUGGUCGGUCCUCGAGAUCGAGUCCAUCACCGAGCUGGAGCUAGUCUUGCCUCAGCUUCUGCAGGGUGCCCUCAAGGCUGCCGUGGACCGACGGUUCGGGCCCAACCAGAACUUCGGCUUCGUGCAUCACGGGCGACUUCGUCUCGUCUUGAAGGCUGAUAGUAUUGGACGUGUAAGCGAUGGAAGCUCGUCUCCUCCCUUGCAUCGUCUGUCUGUUCUGCAGUUGCGCAAGGCGGCGUUUGCAUUCUCAACAAUUGACGCAGCAGCCGCGCACCAGGGACAGUCUUCGACAUUAGAGCGUUAUCUGCCCUCCCUCCCACCCAAUGACUCAGCCGAGGCGCUCGCCACCGACUUCGCCAGCCGCAUCACUAAUGCUGCACCCAUGACCGUGGUCGACCCCUCCAAUGCCUCCCGACGGCUGAAGGCACCACUCAUGGCGGCGAUGGAGAGACAUGGCCUGGCGAUGGAGCCCAUGAUGCGGCUGCAUGGCGAUGGACCAUGUCUCCUCGAUCCCUCUGUGAUCGCAUCUGCCAAUCAAUUGAUGGCCAUCCUGCAGAAGACGGGCAAACAAAUCACAGGCAUCGAACUGCUCUACAAGUAAGAGAUACACGAAACAUGCCAGCAUCUGUCGGGUGCUGCGUGUAAUCCUCUCUUGUUGUUUUCGUCCUCUGUCUGGUGUGGUGGCAGAGCGAGUGUGGACGGGUUUGCGUACACCGACAUGCUCAGUCGCGUGGGUGAUGCGAGCGGUCUCCUCUUCCUCACACGCAUGAAUGCCUUCAUUCAUGGGUGCUUCAUCAACGCCGAUCUCCGUCCGCCACCGUCAGUUUCAUCUGCAGCCAUCUUCAAGCAGUAUCCGGCGGAAGUCCUGAUCUUCAAAGCAUCCGGCCAUUCGCAGCCCACCUUCCAGACAUCCUCAGUGACGUCGAAGUGGGUCACUCUGUCGCGAGCAGAUUACCAUCCCCAUGGCGUGGAGGCCAAACUGACUGUGGGCAAGGGUGCGAGCGAUCCACAUAUACCAGAGUGGCUGGGGCUGUGGGCGCCGGACACGCUGGGCUGGUCGGCAUCGGAGGGAUGCGUCGUGCGAGUGAGCUGGGAGAGGGGGGUGGGAGAUGAUGAGCAAGACAUCAAUGCGAUUCUUGCCGAUGAGAUAGAGGUGUUUCAGCUGCUGGUGCACACAGUGGGGUGAAUGCUUUUGGGCGC